AGGGAAGAAAACAAAAACCCUCAAAAGUUGCAAAUCCCGCGCCCAAUUUCUUCACACCUGUCUCUCUCUCAAUCUUCAAAAGAUUCCCCAAAUCAAAAACCCCCAAAUCUUCCAUCUUCCCACCAUUAUUCAUUCGCAUUUUCAUCUCUCCCCCAUUGUUUCUCGAUCCGGUUAUCAGAAGUUUAAAAAUGUCGUAGAAGAAAAAGAGGGGAGUUUCUAGAUGCAAAAAGAAGCUUUCAAAUCCGGAUCAAUCUAAAGUUGAUUUUAAUGAGGAGGGUAUAGCGAUCGGUAAGAAUGCAGGGAGCUUUAUGUCUUGGAUUGGUGUCGACUGCAAAAGAAAGAUCCCGAACGAUAAACGUGCCAAAAAAGUAAACCCUAAAAUAUACUAAGAUAUUUGGAAAUACGCUAAGCAAAUUUGGGAUAUUCCUAACGCCGAAAAAAAACUUUAGAAAAUGGGAAGAAGAUAAUGAGGCGAUUUCAUGCUAAUCAAUCUAUCGAGCCCAUUCAAGAGAAAAAACAAAAGUAUCAAAAGAAAAAACAAAAGUAUUAGAACUUUUAGAAAUGGCGAGGUCCAGGCCACAGAACAUAUAUGGAUUAGUGCAAAAAGUGGCACUUCAAUAUGAAAAAGCCUUGUUUAUGGGAUUUACUUGGCCAACUGGGAUGUAUAAGGAACGUGUUCAAGAGACGAUUGAAUUUGAGGUGGUUAUACAGUUAUGUGUCAACGGUUGGGUAGAUGUUUGCUUUGUGCAUUGGUUCACAAUGUAUUUAUACGUAGUUGGGGAAUGAGAGGGUUUCAAUAAUACUUCAUAUUUUCACCCUCGUUAUAUUGAAGGUGAACUUGUCUCAGAUGAUAGUGACUUUGUGAUUGACCACAUCAAAAAGGUCAUCUCUUUUCAUAAGGACAAACAAUGGUUUAUUGCACCAUAUAUAGCCGGGUAUUCUAUUUGUUCCAUAUCAAGAUCAUGGAACACUGGGUAUUAAUUAUACUUCAACAUCAUCCGGUAUAUAAAACUUGGAAGGGUUACAUAUUUGAUUCACGUAAAGGUAAAAAUGAUAAUGAUUAUUCAUGUUACGAGAUUACAACAUUAUUCAAACAGGCCAUAGAACAAAAUAUGACGUGGGCUAAGGUUAAAUUGGUAAAUAAAACUACAAUGGUUCAUCAAGGUGAAAUUGAUGAAUUUGUAGAGCAUACUUUAGAGGUGUUUAUAUCAUCUUUUGGUGACGCUGAGGAUGGGGGGAUCAAUGAAGUGACAGGAAUUCUAGUUAACUGGUCAAAGCUUGUGGUGGAUGAAGGAAGUUCCACAAAGUCAGAGGUUUUUAGAGUGUUUUUUGCAUGGGUGUAAAACUGAAUGAUUCGAUGUUUUUUUUUAUGUUUUUUCUUUGUUAAAUUGAAUGCUUUAGACUAAUGGGUCAAGAUGGAUUCUUUAGCUAUUUAUAAAACGGUUCAUUGUUUGGUA